AUAAGUGAACAAAAUUUGAAAUACCAGUCAUUAUGUGCAACAUGUACUACCAUCAACUCCAAGACACCAUUCAUUCACUCAUUCCCUCAUCUUACAGUCAUGUUUAUGGUACUGUACUUUGUCCAAGAGAAUUUGAGCAAUUUGGCCUUCUCUGGAACGAUCUCUUCCUAAAUCCGUGUCGAUAUGAUUCUGUUUAAGAAGGGGAGUUUGAAACGAUCGGAACUUUUCUAGCACCAAAUUAGUUACACCAGCUGGUGUGUUCAUGCAAUGUGCUCCUUCCUUCAUUAGAUAAAACACAAAAUUAGUAUUGGCUACAACUAUAAUUUUCUUUUUUGGGGGGUACCAAAAGGAAAAGCUGACAUUCUGUUUCUGAUCCUAAAAAGGCAGAAAGUGAAGUGGUAAGAUGAUCCUGCUGGGGCAGAAUGUUGUGGAUAGGCUAAGGCCCAUAGUGAACUCAAACAAUUGGGAUUAUUGUGUGUGUUGGAAGAUGAGUGAGGACCAAAGGUUUCUUGAGUGGAUGUGUUGCUGCUGUGCCGGUGCUGCUGAUGGGGUCCAUGCUUGUGAGGAAGAGCUUCUUUUCUCCGUUUCUUCGUCGGCUUCUCCCCCUUGCAGAGAUGUCGUUUUUCAGCACCCCCGAACCAAGCCCUGUGAUUUACUGUCACAAUUGCCCACCUCUAUCAUUCUUGAUUCUGGAAUGCAUGCACAGUCCUUUCUGUCAAACCAAGCAAAAUGGUUGAACUUCUCACAGCUCUUAGAAUCGAACAAUGUUUCUGGCGAAAUAAUCGGAACCCGUGUUUUGAUACCGCAACCACUUGGAUUGAUAGAGCUAUUUACUGCAAAACUGGUGGCCGAAGAUCAACAAGUCAUAGACUUUGUCACAGGUCAGUGCAGCAUGUACAUGGAGAAUCAAGCAGCCAUGAUGAUGAACCCGAGCAGUGGGAUUCCAGCUGAUAAUGCUAAUAAUGGAGAUAAUGAUCAAAUGGACGAUUCUCGCCAUCUUUUCUCACCAUCCUCAGAUCUAACUUCUCUCCCAAUGAGUUUUCUCCCACAGAUGAGUAGUUCUAGCAUGUUAAUGCCGAACACGAAUGAAUUGAGUGAAUUCAGGAUAGAGAGUGGAUUGGAUCAUCAUGAGAUAGAUGUGGUGAUGGUGCAGAAGCAAAUGAUGAUGGAUAACAAAGAUGGAAACGACGAUGACUCUGUUAAGGGUUUGUGCGGCUCAUCAUACAACAGACAAGAGAACGGUCAAUCACACUCGAUAUCGGAUAGCGAUCAGAAUGAGGACGAAGAUGAUGGAAAGUACCGGAGGAAUGGGAAAUCCAAAAAUCUUGUGGCUGAGAGGAAGAGAAGGAAGAAACUCAACGAAAGGCUCUAUGCUCUUCGUGCCUUGGUCCCAAACAUUUCCAAGUUGGAUAGAGCUUCCAUACUUGGAGAUGCUAUCGAGUAUGUGAUGGAGUUGCAGAAAGAGGCAACAGACCUUCAGAAUGAGCUGGAAUUGAACUCCGAAGACGAUGAUGAAGCAGAAGCAGGAGGAGGAGGAGGGAGGAAACGUAACCAUCUAAGCAGAACAGAAGACAAGAACAGGAUUCCCCGUGUCCCGAAAUCUGAACCAGAAAAAUAUUUAGUUGCAGAAUCAGAAAAAACAGACGACAAAAUCCAACAGAUGGAGCCUCAGGUGGAAGUUGCACAGCUAGACGGGAGCGAGUUUCUGGUGAAGGUGUUCUGCGAACACAAGUCGGGUGGAUUUGUGAGGUUGAUGGAGGCACUGAUCUCUCUAGGGCUGGAGGUCACAAAUGUGAACACAACAAGACACACCUGUCUUGUCUCAAACAUCUUCAAAGUGGAGGUACAGGCUUCACACACACACACACUUCUUCUUCUUCUUGGACAUUCUGUCGAACACCUGUUAUGCUGAUCGAAGUUAGUCGAUGCCCAAAUCCCAACCCUGUUUUUGCAGAGAAGGGAUUGCGAAACGGUUCAAGCUGAUGAUGUCCGGG